AUGCUCGAAAAGACCUCUGGGUCGUUGGUGAACGACUCUUCGUCACCAAGACCACCAAAAUUGAAGUCCAGAUCCAACAUCACCAGCGAUAGCACUCUGGUGUUUUUCAUCAACCUGAACCAAUUCAAGGCGGUUUUCUUGGUGAAUCCUGUUCCUGUUUUGAAAAUCAAGUAUGCCAAAACAUUCAACACAUCUAGUGUCAACAACUCCAGUUCUUUUUGGACUCCUUUUCCUAUUGAACCGAGCUGGCUGGUAUUCCACUCAAGCAGAUUCUCAAUGUACGAUUCCAACAGCUGGUAUGCCACCUGUUUGAUUUCCAAACAGAGAUCUUGCAGCUCCGGUGAGAGAGAAUACUCGUUUUUGAUCAAGUACAACUGGGUCUUCAGAACUGCUCUAACUUCCUGCAAAACCUUGAAAUACAGGAACGAAACCAGAUCGCCACUUUUGAUGGUUUGCAACGAGCUCGCUCCCGACGAUUCGGACUCUGCUUCGUCGAUGAUUCUCUCCAUUGCAAUUUGA